GAUGGGGCGGUGAGGGAUGUGGCAUUGUCAUGAUGGAUCGCAAGAGAUAAAUUAAAAAAAAAAAAGAUGGAAACUUUGGAUCCAAAAAUACCUUUUUCCCCACUGUCUGUCUGGCGUUUUCUCGGUAACCAAACAAAGUGAAAAAGCUUCCAUCUUUCAAAAGGUUUUGAUUGAGCCUGAAGCCAAUGGGAGCUCGCUGCUCCAAGCUCUCUCUGUGUUUGUGGUCGACCCAUCUGAAAUCCAAUCUCAACGAUGCUUCUGAUCUAGAGAAUGGGACGGAGGACUUGCCCGCGUUCACGGAGUUCAGCCUCGACCAACUACGAGCUGCCACAUCAGGAUUCUCGACAGACUGCAUCGUAUCUGAGCACGGUGUUAAAGCUCCCAAUGUUGUGUACAGAGGCAGGCUCCAAGACGACAGGUUGAUCGCCGUUAAACGAUUCAACAGAUCCGCUUGGCCCGACCCUCGUCAAUUUCUCGAUGAAGCAAAGGCUGUGGGGCAGUUAAGGAAUGAGAGGUUGGCGAACUUGAUAGGAUGUUGCUGCGAUGGAGAUGAGAGAUUGCUCGUUGCAGAGUUUAUGCCUAACGAAACUCUGUCUAAGCAUCUCUUCCACUGGGAGAACCAGCCAAUGAAGUGGACUAUGAGACUGAGAGUGGCUCUGCAUCUCGCACAAGCACUCGAGUAUUGCAGCAGCAAAGGCCGGGCCUUGUACCAUGAUCUUAAUGCUUACAGGGUCUUGUUUGACCAGGAUGGUAACCCAAGACUAUCUUGCUUCGGCCUUAUGAAGAAUAGUAGGGAUGGCAAGAGUUAUAGUACAAAUUUGGCUUUCACCCCUCCCGAGUAUCUAAGAACAGGGAGAGUUAUAGCAGAGAGUGUAGUCUACAGCUUUGGGACCCUGCUGCUAGAUCUUCUCAGCGGCAAACACAUACCACCUAGCCAUGCACUUGAUCUUAUCCGUGGCAAGAAUUUUCUUAUGCUGAUGGAUUCUUGUCUUGCGGGUCAUUUCUCGAAUGAUGAUGGGACUGACUUAGUCCGGUUGGCUUCACGUUGUUUACAAUAUGAACCUCGAGAAAGGCCGAAUGUGAAAUCUCUUGUGACUUCACUCGCUCCUCUUCAGAAAGAAACCGAUGUUCCAUCAUAUGUGCUGAUGGGCAUUCCACAUGGAACUACUUCUCCCAAGGAAACGGCAUUGACACCUCUUGGUGAUGCUUGUUCAAGACUUGAUCUCACUGCUAUACACGAAAUUCUCGAGAAGAUUGGCUAUGAAGACGACGAGGGCAUAGCAAACGAGCUCUCGUUCCAAGUGUGGACAGACCAGAUACAGGAGACACUGAACUCCAAAAAACAUGGAGAUGCUGCUUUCAGAAACAAGGACUUUGUUACAGCCAUAGAAUCUUACACACAGUUCAUCGAGGGUGGUACAAUGGUAUCACCGACUGUAUUUGGAAGGCGGUGUUUGUGUUAUCUGAUGUGUGAAAUGCCACAAGAAGCUCUUGGAGAUGCAAUGCAGGCACAAGUAGUGUCGCCUGAGUGGCCAACUGCUUUCUAUCUUCAGGCUGCCGCUCUCUUCAGCCUCGGAAUGGACAACGACGCCCGCGAAACCCUAAAAGACGGAACUUUCUUGGAAGCUAAGAAACAUAGCAGAACCUGAAACCUCAAACUGUAUAGGCUUCAUCUUUGAUCCUCUGUUGCUGAUUUUGUCUUUCUCACUUUGAACUUUUCUUCAGCUUUGUUUCGGUUUUUUGGCAUUUGAGCUGAGAGCUCGUUUGAACUUUAGGUUUGCAAGUUGAAUAGAUCAAUUCAACUGUGAUUGCAAUUCACGGCAAUGAAUGAAUGGAAUCACAUUUAUAUU